ACAUUUUACAUUUUACUUCACAUUAUUUGAUAUUUGCCUUGCCUUCUGCUAGUUGUGUGUUGUUCGCUCGCUCCUUUACCUUUUCUCAAUUUCAUUUUCAAUUCAAUAUCAAUUUCAAGUUUGUCUCCGCCGAAGAAAAAUGUGCGCUGUGCCCUAAAUUCGCAUUGAAAACGUUUUUAAAAUUAUCAACAAACUCAAUUAAAUUGUACUCAUCAUAAAAUUAAUUCAACAUAAUGUUGAAAUUUCGAUCGAAAAUGAAGUAGAAAAACUUAAUAGAAAAAGAAAUAAAAAUUCGCCGCCCGCUUUUCAAAGAAAUACACAAUUUUUCGUUCGUUUCUCUUCUCUUCUCCUCUCGUCUUGCUUUGCCUAGCGUAGCCUCGCCUCGACCCCCGGAGCCUUAAUUUCGUUCCGUUUAAAAGGCAUACAUUUUUAGGAAGAAGAUAAAUUAAAAGAAAAAAUACAAAAAAAAACGACAAAUGAUUUUGUGAUAGAGAAGUGAAAACAAUUAACCGUUAUUUUAUUAUUUUGCUUUUUUAUUUUUGUUAUAAUUUUGUGUACAAAAUUCAAUAAUAUAAAAAUAAAGAAUUCCAAAAAAAAGUAGAGAGAAAAAAGUGCGAAAGAAAAAAAACCCGAUUCCAAAUUGUCGAAGGAGACGACGACGACAAGAAUCAAAAUCAAGAAAUAGAAACAUGUCCAGCUGGGCGGAACGAGUCCAUCGCCGCGCCGCCGAUCUUGGCAGUGUGGUUACCUCUUGCGGACACCCGGGAUCCGGUGGAACCCCAUCGUACCCCUCGUAUCGUCUGGAGAAAGUAAAAUUCGGCGUCCCACUCGAAGAAGUAUGCAAAAACGACAACAUUCCCGGGCCUCUGCUUGUGCUUAUCCUCAAGCUAAACAAGGAGUCGCCCAAUCGCAGGGAUGUCUUCCGUGCCCCUGGCCAUCAGGGUGCCAUGAAAAAGCUUAUACACUUCCUGCAAGCGGGCCGCUUGGUCAACGUCGACAACUAUUCGGUGUACACAAUUGCGAGUGUGCUGAAGAAGUUCCUGCGAAAAAUCCCAAACGGCGUCUUCGGUCGGCUGGGGGAGAACGAGCUGUUUGCGUGCAUUGAACUGGAUAACGAGAUGGAGCAACAGGAGAGAAUUCAUAGAUUAAUUACAUCACUGCCCAAAUAUGCCCAACAUUUAUUAGUUUUACUCUUUGGAACAUUCCGUGUGAUUGCGACAAAUGCUGCUCAUGCUGGCACUGGAAUGACAAGUGAAGCGCUGGGCGUUUCUGUAGCACCGAGUUUUUUCCAAUCGUGCGUAAGCGAUGGUAAAACAGCUCGAAUGGAAGAUGUGCUGAAAUUUAAGGUUGCUACAAAAAUAAUGAAGCACAUCAUCGAUAAAUUUGCUAUUCACGAUUUAUUUGGUCGGGCAAACUAUGAAUACUAUGCCCGCGUUACCGGACGAAUACUCAAAGUACAAGACGAAUGGAUUUGCAGCUUCCAAUAUCCACCGCCGCCGCGAGGCAAAUUAGCACAACAAAAAUAUGCAUUACAACAUUCACUGGAAGCCGAAAAGACAUGGUUACAAUGCCAAUGCGAACGCUGGGGAUUGAUUGCUCAAGAAGAAUCCCGAUCGACGCCCGCCCUUCUGACCAGCUCAAGUUCUGCCCUAGAUAACAGCGUACUCUCGUUAGGUGUUACACCCGAUCAUUCGUUCAUAGAGUCAUGCGCCCGCCUUUCUGUAUCCCUCGAGGGACCCGGACUAUUUGCAAUGGCAACAACAUCAUCACCAAUUCCAUCACCAUCCAAGUGUGACGAAGAUGCCCUCGAUGAAGGCGCCUAUGAAGAUAUCGAAGACGAGAACAAUCCAUCAAACCAAAUGGUUGAACAACAACAAACAAAACAACAACAACAACAACAACUGCCACAACGACGCCGUAUGAUAAUUACAUCAGGAACUGCCAGCGUUACCGAUGAGUGCCGAAAGCCAAUGGUGGCCGCCACAUGCAGCCGUUGUAAUCGCGGUCUAAAGCAUUCCUCGAGCUGUUCAUCGACACGCUCGUCAAAAUCAACUGGCAGUGGCAGUCAACAGGCUCAGCAUCACAUGACAAUGGACGAACUGAGAGCGGUCAAUCGUUAUGCGGAGAGUACAAAGAGUCUAUCAUAUCUGCCACAGGUCCAUGAACGCCAAACCGCACGCAUGCGCACCCGUUCCGAAUGGUUCCUUGGUGCCUCAGGGCUCACCACCACUUGCAGCAGCUGCCUUGCCGCCCAACGAGCCGAAGAAUUCAUGGGUGGCAGCCACAAUGACAUCCCACACGAGCCCAGUAACGAGAUGUAUAUGAUUUUCAAGAGACGUGUCGCUGCCAACGCCACCAACAAUCCCAUGGAAACCGACGAUGUAGAGGAUUAUUGCACCGGUGGACAGUAUCUCUCGCCCCAUGGAUACCGCACUGACGGGAACAGUUCCUCAACAUCGGGAGGACGCAUGUUCCUGGAGACGAACUUCACCACGCAUUCCGCUGGCAACAUCCGUUUGAGUAACAGCGCUGAAUCAGUUCAAUACCCAGUAACCAGACGGCCAUCACGACGAGGACUUACUGCCCUGGCACGCCAUCAUCCACACCGAUCGUCGUUGCGUCGCAAUAAGGACAAAGUGAAAUCAUCAGCCGGAAACGGAAAUGGCAAUCUCUGUUGUCCAGGUUGUUCGAACUCGGCUCGCAAUUCCAUAGCCGAAUGUGCACCAACAACAAACUUCUCCUCAAAUCGUCCACGUACCGUAUCCUUUGACACAAAUAGCCAAUUGAAGUCAUUUAUUGCCACAACAACCGGGUCAUCCAAUAUGGCCAUGGACACUACAGAAUCCCUCAUAAAAUCCGAUGGUACUUUUAUUAUUUACACAUCUCCACCAGACGAAGACAUCGAUAACUCAAGUACAACAGGCUCCGCAACUAUAAUUUCAACAACAACACUACCAACUGGCUUACGUUUCAAGCCCCCAAGAGUUUAAAAAAAAUACAGAGAGUGUCACAGACAGUGAGAGGGAGAUAGAAAGAGCCCUAUAUUUUCUAAAAUUGAAUACAAACAAAAACGUUUUUAAUUAAAUUUCUUAAGACAAAUCGAUCGAUCAGUGUUCAGAAUUUCAUAAAUUCGAAUUUCUUUUUUUUUAAAUACUUCAACAAAAUAAAAUAUUUAUAAUAAUCUUAACAAUAUUCAAUUAAAACAAAGGCAUAAUGUUCUACAACAUAUUUAAAAAAAAAAAAAAAAACUAAACAAAAAAGUGGUAAGUCAAGGUAAAAAUUUAAAGUAAAAAGUAGACAUUUUUCAUUUUCUUAAAGUACCUUUAGAAUAAGGAUUAAAGGAAACCCGCCAUCCACAAAAACUUUCUAAAUUAUUUGUAACUUAUUAUGACAUAAAUGUUUUAUAACUUAAUUUUUGUUUUAAUUUUUGUAGUUGCAACAAAAAAAUGUAAAAAUAUUUAAAUUAUAUUUAUUGACUGUUUAAGCGUCCAAACAAAAUUUCUAUUUCAUUUUAUUAACAUUUUGUAGUUUAUUAUUGUUUCUUUUUGUUUGUAUAUUUUAUCUAUAAUAUAAAAAUAUAAAACAUAUUUGAAACACACAAAAUUAAAGUUUAAACUUUCGAUAGAAAAAAAAUUUCAAGGCUGAUUUACAAGUAUAGACAAAAAUAAAAAAACACAAAAUAUACCUAAACAUCAAUUUUAAACAGUUUGCCAAAAGAAUCUCUCCUUUAAAAUUGUUAUAAAACAAAGAAUACAUAAAUAUAGAAAGAUAAGAGCUAAAAAAUAAAACCCCAUAACACUAAAUAAUUUAAAACAAUUAAUAUUCCCAAACAAGCAAACAAAUCAAUUCAAUCGAAUGUAAUAAGAAGUAUUCAUUUUUCUUGUGAUCCAAUAGUUUGAGUUAUAUUUUUUCUUGGAAGCAGAACUACAAGGUUUUAAAGUCUAGUAAAGUUUCCAGCUCUAAGAAUACGGCAUUGACCCGAAUGACAAGAUGCGUUACUUGUGUGCAAUAAUUAUUGCCAAAUCUUCAAAAAAUGUAUGACAAAAAAAACUUGGCCAAGACAAAAGCAACUUUAAUAACCCUUGUUUUUAAUAAUUUCAGCACAUCUUCGAGGCAUGGACAAAAUCAAAUUGCUUUUUAUGCUGUUUGGGAUUCUUUCCUAAACUAAUUUAAUUUGAUCGAACAGAUCAUUUUUAUUUUUUCAAUUAGUCUUUACAAUUCGUCGACCUACAAUUUCCCACAGAUGUUCUAUGAGGUUGAGAUCUGGGGAUUGUGCUGGCCAUUGUAAUACGUCAAUCCGGUUUUCUUGAAACUACGUCUAAACGUAGUGGAUGUAUUCUUUGAGUCAUUGUCCUGCUGAAAUAUCCAUUUCAGAGGCAACUAAUCCUCAGCAUUACUUUUUGCAAAUUGUCACUGGACUUAAAACGAUCCAUUGUACUUGUACCAUCUAUUGAGUGAAUCAGUCUCAGUACAUGCCCUGAAAACAUUCCAACAGCGUUAUGUUACCGCCUUCGUGUUUCACUGUAGCUUUGGUGUAACGUGGAUUAAGGGACUCUUUGGCUGGUCUGCGAACACGAUGCAAACCAUCGGAACCUUUGAAAUUGAAUUUGGAGUCGUUCGAAAAGAGUACGUUCCUUCAUUUUCUAACGGUCCAGUUGAAAGCUAAAGCAUAAAGCUAAAUUUAAUCUCACCGGAUUGUUUUUGGUUGAAAUAAAAGGCUUUUUACAGAUUUGAAAGAUUUUAGUCCACCGUCAACAGCUCGUCUCCAA